AUGACAACGUCACAAAUCGAAAGCACUCCUGAAAACCGCCCGUUGGUUGCGGCAGUCGAGCAGCUCCAGCAGCUUACAGAUAGCUUGAUCGAAGCAGGGGUCUUGGUCCAUGACAACCAAGGUACACCUCAAUCCCACCAGGUUCUUGUCCACAAGUUCAACCAGGUGAUUGACCAAUUAGACAAUUUGAACACUAUCCAGGGCAUGGCUCUGUACCCAAUUCCAGUGGAUAUCAUCAGCUACAUCGAAGACGGGCGUAACCCGGACAUCUACACGAGGGAGUUUGUUGAGGUGAAUGCCAAGUCCAAUGCCCGACUCAAGGGUAAGAUGGAAAACUUUGGCAAGCUACGGGAUAUUUUGAGCCAGAAGGUGGUGAGCGAGUUUCCUGAGUUGAAGGACACGGUCGAGGACAUACAGAGAAGAACGAGCGGGAAAUAG